ACCAUUGAGUUUCAGAACAUUGCAAGUCCGGAUAUUCGACCCCCCCCCCCCUCGUUACAUGUAUGCUUAUUGUGGGGUUGCCUCGCCGCACCGGUUUGAAAAAGCCCUCAACAAAUGCAGGUUCAUUUGGCGGGUUGCCAUUAGGAAUAUUUCCGCAAUAUUCGCUUGUUAAACUUCCAAAGCCCCCCAGGGAGAGAAUAGUAGCCCAACCAACCAGGGAAAUAAAAUGGUUGUACUCAUUCAGACAGUCGUUGUUGGUCGAUAUCUUAUCUCCGAUAGAAUUAUGGUUAUACAUCUUUCAUCGGACAUUUCGGUAUCAUAUCUUCCUUCAGUAUAUAAACACAUCGACUCCUCCUCGUUUCAUGUAUAUCUCACGGAUGGAAGGAAUUUUCUUUUAGCCAACAGUAUUUACUAUUACCUACUAGGUAUACCACACCGAUGGUGGCUUCCAGUUGAUAUAGAUAGCCUAUGCUUUCCACCGAUCGGUGCAACAUUUACCCGUCACGUGGUUUAUAUAGAGUUGCUACCAGGAACGUUCAAGGUAUGCGUAUUUACCGGAAACUUCAUGGUCUCAAACCGACUUACUCCUGCCGGUCAAGACGCAAGGGCACGUGUGGCUGGUGUUGGUGGAGGCUCGGGAGAUUGCCUUCCAUGCAUUUAGCCUCCCAACCUUAUCGCUAUAUCUCUCGGCGGGUGACUCGGAAAGAUCAUCGACGCUGAAACUUCCCAGAGCCCAUGGUCCUUAACAUUAAUGGCGUCCGUAUACAAGUGUCAGGG